CAUUAGCGGUGGAAUUCUUGGUUUUUUUAUGGGUUUUAUCCUGACACUUUCGAGUUUUGCUCAUUUAAUGGCUCUUAUGACGUUCUUUGUCACUGGAUCAAAGGUGACGAAAUUUCGGUCUGCGCAAAAAAAGAAGAUGGAAGUCGAUUUCAAGGAGGGUGGCCAACGGAAUUGGAUCCAGGUUUUGUGUAAUGGUGGCAUGGCUACGCAAUUAGCUUUAUUAUAUCUAUUGGAUGUUGGGAGCGGAGAACGACCAAUUGACUUCGACAAGGAAUAUCGAAGUUCAUGGUUAUCCAUUGGAAUAAUAGGGGCAUUUGCGUGUUCUAACGGUGAUACGUGGGCCUCUGAGCUUGGUACGGUGAUUGGCAUGGGUGAUCCUUUCCUUAUUACGACGAGAAAAAAAGUCCCGAGAGGAACGAAUGGUGGUGUAUCAUGGAUAGGUCUGGUAUGUUCUGUCGUUGGUGGUUUAAUAGUUGGACUUUUUUAUUAUAUUAUGGUAUUAAACACCGUUGACACAGCCGUACUGCAAUUAGCAGCACCACAAUGGCCCAUCAUAAUCGUCGCAGCAUUUGGAGGUCUCUUUGGCAGCAUUUUAGAUUCUAUUCUCGGUGCGACUUUACAGUAUUCAGGAGUAGACGAAAAGGGUAUUAUAGUCGAACGGCCAGGGAAAGGUGUAAAACACAUUUGCGGAAAACAAAUUCUAGAUAAUCACAGUGUAAAUCUCCUUUCUACUAUUGGUAUCACACUCAUUCUUCCGAGAAUAGCCAAUAUCUUCUGGCCAUAAAGUCUCUUCUAGAUGUAUUUUGAAAACAGAAUAUUCUUCUAAUAUUUCAUUUAUUAUUAUCUAUAUUCAAAUAAAUCGAAUUGUAUAAC